UUAAGCUAUAAAAAAAACACUGCAUAAAGGCUUUCACACAUUUAGUCCCUGCUAUCGUAUCAGCAGGAUGCUGUGGUGUCUUUGACAUUAUUUAAUGUGAGAUGAACCCUCCGGUCUGUCAGUCUGUCUGUAACUCAGCAUGGAGAUAACACUGUGCGCUGUUAUUGCUUCUCUGAGUGUCAUUCCCAACAAAUCCCAGUUCUUCCGACAUGAUUCUCUCUCUCUGAGCUGUGAGCAGCGUGGACACUCAUCUGAGUGGAGAGUUAAAAGGAACACUUCCACAAAAAUAAAUGAAGACUGUUCCUCAGCCUGGAACAGAGGAAAUCAAUCUCACUGCUUAAUCAGUCCUCUUUAUGAAAUAGACUCUGGAGUUUACUGGUGUGAGUCUGGAGCAGAUUCAUGCAGCAACACGGUUAAUAUCAGCGUGACAAGUGCUGCAUUGAUCCUGGAGAGUCCUGCACUUCCUGUAAAUGUAGGAGAAGCUGUGACUAUGCGCUGCAGGCACAAGACAACAUCUUCCUCCAAUCUAACCCACUUCUAUAAAGAUGAGCAUCUCAUUGUGAGCAGCCUGACAGGAAACCUGACCAUCAGAAGUGUCUCCAAAUCGGAUGAAGGACUCUACAAGUGUAGCAUCUCUGGAGCUGGAGAAUCCCUGGAGAGCUGGCUGACUGUCAGAGGCCAUCCUGAAGUGUCAGCUCCUCAACUUGCACACAUAAUACUUCCUGUGGUGGGUGUCUGCCUCUUGCUGAUCUCGCUGAUGUUGCUCUGCCUCUGGAGAACCCACAAAGGUAAACUGGAUGCUGCUGUUUCAUACACAGACGUCACCAUCACGCAGGAAGCUGAACCUCACAGGCUCAGAGUAACCACUGCAAGCUUUUUUAGAUCUAUAUUUAACAAGAGAUGGGAGCUGAACCAACCUUCUACUCAACACUUAAACUUGACAUCAGCUGACCAAACAUGAGUAUUAAUUUACAUGUGUAUAAUAUAAAGUUGUAAAAGAAAAAUGUACAUAAUUUUUUUUUUAUCUCAACAUCUUCAGGAAUCAAUGUUCAGUUGUGUUGGGUUCUUUAGUGAGGCCUUGAAUGAUGUUUUAUCUAUUUUUGUAGAAGUUUAGUUAUGUGCAUUAUGUCUCCCCUUAAAUAAUACCAAUUGUUGUUGCAUUAUAUACAACUGAAAAACCUGAUUAUUGACCAUUACAUGGAGGAAUAACUUGUAAAAAUAUGGAAUGAACCAAUCAGCUAAACAUGCAGGUAGUUUCCCAAACAAGGUGAAUAUAGCAUAAAAUGUUUGGCUCAUAUUUUGGGGGUGUUACUCACAUAUUUAGCUGAGUUGUUCAUUUCACAGAAGCAUGAUCCUAACAGGUUACACCUCGUUGUAAAUGUGACCAACAAUGUAUAAAACAACACCUGUUGGGAUUAAUGGAAAGAAAUAAUCAAUAACACACAGAUUGUAUUACUUGUUGUGGCAUGUUUAUUAUUUUAUCUUAUUGUGUUUGUUGUCGUCAGCUGGAGUCUUGGUAGAAUUUUUAGCUUUUUGUAAGUUUCUCAGCAGUUAAUGCUGUAUGUAAGUUGUUCAGAGCCAUUGCUAUAUUUUUGAUGUAUGCCUUUGCUGUAGGUUAGCAUCUUUGUCUUGUUAUAUUUGACUGUUAUAGUGGAUUUUCAUUGUUUUGGAGAAUCGUGUGUGUCUCCUUUUAGGUGAUCUGUGCCUUAAAUGUUGCUUGAUUCUUUUAACAAGAACUUGAUUUUUGCUUUGAGACUUCCUCUAAGAAAACUGAUAACCUGCUAUAUUUAAGUGCCCCCCCCACCAGCUCAUUAUAUUACGAGUCAGACUUUUUAUGUAAGCAAUCUGAUCUUAAUAAAGCAAAGAAAACACCCUCCGAAACCUCAGACACACCCAUGUACGGCAGCAGCUGUGAAUUAAACAAAAACAAACUCUCUCAGGUCUGGAUGCUAUUUGUUUCUGUGCAGAUGCUAAAAAAAUUAAGAGCUCAGGGAUUUUUUAAACAUUAACAGCCAUUAUGACUAUAGAGACUUAAAUGAGGAAACAGUCAAAGGUCAACUUAACAAUACAUUGUCAGUCAUUUGAGUGAGCGCAGGGAACAUUAAACAGCAUUUGCGUAGGCUUAUCAUUGAUCAUUUAUUAUUACCAUGAUGUUACUAUCAGUAGUACAGGUGAAGGAUAAAACCAUGAAAACAACAGAAUAUAAGAUGGAAAAGGUGAAGGCCAACAUGAUGACGACAUGGACUUAGUAGAACUUGACCUCUGCAUUAUAGUCAAUAUACCCUUGUAGAUUAACCCUUAUAGGUCAUGAAUUAUUUAAAUUAAAUCAAAUUAUUAAUAAGCAGUAUAAUAUUUAUUUUGAUAGUAUGAGGUGUACAAUAGUAAUGUAUAGUAUAACACUAUAGUAUAAUAAAGUAGCCUGUAAACUGCGUGAAUGUAAUAAUAGAAGUAAAUAAAGACUCUACUGUAUACUGAGUAAUUUGUGCCAAUACCAAAUAGUCAUGCAACUUAACAGUUGUGAAUGAAAUAGUGCAAAUAUAAAAUAUUCUGAUAAAAAUAGCAGCAGAGAAACAAAAGGUGACCAAAUGUCCUGGGUUUAUGUGGA